AUGAUUGCAUCCAGACAGGGUAUUUUUGCGAAAAGAGGGUUGGCAUUCCAACCUCAAGCACGUCUUUUCCACGCCAGCAGAUGUGCACAAAAGGUCACCGAGGUGUCGACCAUGGAAGCAUUCCGUGAGACCGCCAUGAAGUCACCCAUUGCCUUUGUUGACUUCUACGCGACGUGGUGUGGCCCAUGCAAGAUGAUCUCCCCGUACGUGGAGAAGUUCAGCGAGAUGCACAAAACCGUCGACUUCUACAAGGUGGACGUUGACGAGGCCACGGAGGUUGCUCGUGAUUUUGGGAUCUCGGCCAUGCCAACGUUCCUGCUUUUCAAGCACGGGAAGGUUGUGGAAAAGAUCGUCGGGGCAAACCCACAGGGCAUCAACAGUGCGUUGAUCAAAGCGACUCAAGCUUAG